AAAAUAAAUUUUGUAGGGAAAUACCACAGGGAAAUACAGCUUUUAAGGUUGGUGUUGGAUAAAGUACGCAUGUCAGCGCAGGUGUAAUAAGAGGUUAGGUAUUGUGACAUUUCGGUUGUUCAGGUGAGACCAGCACGAUGGCCGACAAAGCAAAAAUUUCCAGACCCAUGAAAUUCCCUUACACCUUUUCUGCAAAAAUUGCCCAGUUUCCAUUCAAACACCACAUGAAGCAUAACUGGGUUUGGAGAUACUAUCCUCUUGCAGUUCUCUUAUGUAUCCCAGUUUUCGCAAAAAUCAGCAAAUUAUCAAACUCACCUGAAAACGUUGCCAAAUGGGCUGAAAUUCGCCGCAAAGAAGCUGCAGAACAUCAUCACUGAUGGGCUACGACCUAGGAGUAGUCGCAAUAGCAGCAUUUUUUAUGUUAAGUCCAACAUUACAAACUGUUCAUUUAGAAAUGGCAUAUAUAAUUUAAAAAGUU